UACAUUUGCUUUCUUCUCAACUUCCGUUGUCGGGCUGGUUCAAUAUCUCGCAUAAGUUCUGACAGUUUAGCUUGUAUUUCUGUGGGCUCGGAGCUACUCCAUUAUGCUGCAGUGAACCUUUCUUUCACAAGCCAGGAGAAAACUCGUCUACAUGACCUAAAACGAAGAGCUGCUCACAGUGAGGAAAUGCUGUCGUUUCAUCUGCAGUAAUCCUGUUAUUUAUGUCAAUAAAGUCGGAGAAAUGGAUUUCCAAAAGGCUCUACUUGAUGUGGAUAAAUCCUUGUCCACUGAUGAGGUGGAAGCACUGUCUUUUCUGUGCACCGACAUCUUGAGCAGAAAACCAGCCUCUCUGGAUUGUGCCAGCAGCCUCUUCUCCUUACUCAUGAAAGAAGACCAUCUGUCGGCUGGAAACCCACAGCUCCUGGUGGAGCUUCUCCUCACCAUCCAGCGCCCUGUUAUUUUGCAGAACAUUAAACUUUCUUUCCAGUUGCCCUCACCCAGCACCCUCAUCUCACCCUACAGGAAGCUGCUGUAUCGCCUGUCAGAACAAAUUACCGAGGAGGAGCUCGGAGAGAUGAAGUUCCUGCUAAAGGACGUCCCACGAAGAAAACUUGAGCAAAAAUCUACGCUGGGAGUCUUCCUGGAGUUGGAGCACCUGGACCUCAUAAAUGAAUCUAGUCUCGAAUAUCUGGAGACCUUAUUUAAGUCGGUGUGUCCUGUGCUGAAUGAAGACAUUCGUCUCUAUAGGAAAGAAAUUUGGCAUCCAGAGUCGCAACCUUUGACUGUUAUAUCAAGUCAGACCCCGAAACCUUUCUACAGGACUGACUUCCGGGGUGAUAAGACUCCACAACUUCCUUUGCAGCCUUCUGUGAAUCCAUCAAAGUCCCCAAAUGGGGAAAUGGCUUCUUUGGAUACAGUGAAUCCAGAAAAGAACAACCCAGAGUCUCAGGAAAAUGAUGAGGUUCUGUGUGAUUACCCAAUGACUGGGAAGAGAGGGGUCUGUGUGAUAGUGGACAACUUUGAUUUCUCUAAAUCAUACCACAAAUUAAAUAAUCGAGAGGGAUCCAAGUUUGAUAGAGAUGCUCUGAAAGAAGUAUUUCAGUGGUUGGGCUAUGAGAUGUACACAUACCUAGACUAUAAUGCGGCUCAGAUAAAAAGUUUGUUUGCCUGCAUCGGCCAACAGGACCACAGCCAGUACGACAGCCUGGUGUGCUGUAUUCUCAGUCAUGGCAUGGAGGGUAAAGUGUACGGUGUAGAUGGCAACCUCGUUGAGAUCAAAUUGCUGAUAGAGUGCAUCAACGGAGAGAAGUGCCCGUCUUUAAUUGAAAAACCCAAGAUGCUUUUCAUCCAGGCCUGUCAAGGCUGCAAACAACAGUAUCCAGUCCAUCCAGACGGCAUUGAAGACGAAACAACACGAAUUUCUGCUGAUGCGAAAGUUGUAGAUGUGAGGAGCCCAGUCAUAGCUGACUUGCUGGUGGGCAUGUCCACGGUUCCUGAUCAUGUCUCCUUCAGAGAUAAAUUGUGUGGCACCUGGUAUAUCCAGUCGUUGUGCAAAAACCUCGUCAAGUAUGUGCCAAGGAGGGUUGACCUUGUCUCCAUUCUCACAAAAGUGAACUUCGAUGUUAGCAGCAUGACCGAUGCUAGUCGGCUGAAAAAGCAAAUGCCUCAGCCGGCCUUCUCGCUCCGAAAAAGGGUGGUUUUCCCUGUCCCUGAGAAACCCCCACCCGAAAUUGGAGCGUUGACCAAAGACAAUCCCUGAGAGACAUUGGAUUUUUUUUUAAUGUUUUUUUGUUUCACUGACAGUUUACAAUUUUUAAUCACAUCCUGAGUUUUGAGGAAUCAGGUUUAUCCAUUCUUUUGUAGGAAUCCCUUUUGAGUUGUAGCUCUUCAAAUGAUAUUAAUAAAGUCCUACUCUCAACCUUUUA